AUGGGCCAGUCCGUGUCGGAUGAGCGGCCGCGCCAUCGCUCCCGUGAGGACCUGACGGCAGAGCUCGCUCUUCGGUUCAAAGAUAAAUGCUUCACCUCGCUCGAGUACUACUCGCUCAAAGAUGUGUUCAAAAGCCUCGCCGAUCAUCAGGCCUCGGUCAAGUACCUUAAGGAGGACACCAUCUCGCGCUACCUCGAGAUUCCCGACAUUCUCGGCGCAUCUCCCGUCAUCUUCCAGAUGGUUUCGUACCUCGGAGCGUUCCCCUUCCUCAAGGAGGCGCCCGUCGUUCUCGAGCUGCCGCAGAUGAUCAUGGUCGUCGUCAUCAUGACGGAGCGCUACCGGCGAGUGCUGGCCAAGGGCGCCUCCGACCGGACGAAGCUGCUGUUCAAGAGCCUCGCCGUCUACGACCGCAAGGCCUCCGUAGCCGGUACGUCGUCGCCUCUGCCCAGGACGGAGCGCCUACCAUCGACGAUGACGACGCCCCAUUCCGCCGGCUUUGCCGUCGAUGCGCCGGUGGAUGACGACGACGACGGCGACGACGACGAGCUCGUCCUGACCGCCUACGAACUCCUCGACAUCACCGAAGCGGUGAAGCAGGGCGACGCCCCUCCCUUUCACGAUGCCAUCAUACCCACCGAUAACUUCCGAAAGCUCAUCAUGCUUCUCCUCCUCGCCGCGCCCUUGGACCCCCAAGAAAGCCUGUCGCAGUACUCCGGUCGGGUGUCUGGCCUCCAGCUUGACGCUCUGCGGUCGACGGCCGAGAACAUCCUCGCCUCCUUCGUCGACGCCGAAACUUUCCCCGGCAUCAGGUAUCGGCACUUCAAGACCAUCAUUCCCGUUCUCUUUCCCUACCUUUUCAACGGCUUCAACGGCCUCUUUGAGCACUUUCUCUUCUCCAAGAACCUCGACUUCUCCAAGGGCCGAGAGGAUGGCAAGAGAUCACCCACCGGCGCGCCGCCGAAGCCAGUCCAACCCCUGCUGUCGGACCAAGCCGAUAUUCUAAACGAUCACGUCCUCUCGCAAAUCUCCAUGUUUCUUCCCGGCUCUUCCCUCUUCCGCAGGGUGAGGCUCCUGUACUCGGGCAACCAAGACGGCUUCUCCAUGGGGAGCUUCGAGUCCAAGGUUUUCAACUGGAGGGCACCCACCAUCCUCCUCGUCCGCGGCACCCGCCUCGGUGACGUACCCGACGGAGGCCAGGAGACUGCCUUUUUCGCCUCGCUGCCGUCGAAGCGCUUUCCUCACGGCAGCAAAUCCGACUCUGUCACCUUUGGCGUCUACGUCAGGGAACCUUGGAAGCACACGCACAAGGAGUGUUUCGGAGACUCCGAGUCCCUUCUCUUCCAGCUCGAACCCUGCCACGACGUCUUCUCCGCCUCGACCAUCAACACCGACUACGUCGCCUUCACGAAGCCUCCGAACAACCAAUCCUGCCUCUCCUUCGGCUGCCCGCACCCUAAACCCUCCAAGUCUCAUCGCCGAGGCGAGCUCUACACCCUUGGGCCCGUCUCUCUCCUUCUCGACGAGUCAUUCGAGUUUGCCGUUUUCAACCAUGACUACACAUCCCGCGGCGGCGCCUUCCACACGAGCAUAACGCGCCAGUUUGACUUUCAGGAUCGCUUCCAGAUCGACAGCCUCGAGGUCUGGGGCUGCGGUGGCGAAGAUGAGGCGAAGGUGCAAGCCGAAAGGUGGGCUUGGGAGGCGAGGGAGGCCGAGGCCCGGAGACGGAUUAAUUUGGGAACGGGUGACAUACAAGCCGACAGAGCCUUGCUGGAGAUGGCCGGCCUUGUUGGCGGACACCAGAGCGGGGGAUCUAUGGGAUAG